AUGUUAGUGGCAGAAGUUGACCGAAUCGAACCAAAUGGUUCUAGUGCACUUCAUGCUGCAGCAUACCAUGGGCAUGAGAAGAUUGUUGAGCUGUUACUGCGCAAAGGUGCUAGUUAUUCGGUAGUAAAUAAAUACAAUUGUACUGCUCUUGAAGAAGCCAAAACCGAUAGGAUAAAGCAAUUAAUACAACGUCGUAUGAAUUACAGGCGUUUUGUGAGUGACUCUGUCGAAUGGAUCCUUCAAACAGAUAAUGCCGAUUAUCAAGCACAUGAAUAUUUAAAAAAAUUAGAAUCAUAUGGCAAAAAUCCAAACUUUUACAACUUUAUUACUUACAUAAAACAAAAUUACCUUGAAAAAGAAUUACAAGAUAUAGAUGGUAUCAAUACAAUAAAAGAAUAUUUUGAUAGAGCAAUCGAUGAAAAAGAUCCAAUUUAUUUAUUAACAGCGUAUACAGCUGAAACGGAUUUUUAUUCUACACUCAAUGUUCAUUUAGCACAGUUACGUCUUAAGAAUUUAACUGCCGAAGAGAAUCUUAGUCGAGCUUAUUAUAUUGGAAUAAUUGCACGUCAUCCCAAAUUUGAGAUCUUGUCUUAUACUGGAAUGACAUAUCGAGGUAUGAUGAUUACUGAGGAUGAUAUAAAACAGUAUCAGAUAGGCAGCCGGAUUUUGACAAAAACAUUUUCGUCAACAUCGAAACAAUACAAUAUAGCACUAAGAUUUCUCAACAACAAUCACAAUGCAAAUGAUCGAUUAAGUACGAUAUGUGUUUAUCACAUACGUAAUCAAAGAACUGCAUUAGACAUUGAAAAUAUAUCUCUAUUUCGAGAUGAACAGGAGGUAUUAAUUCUGCCUUAUUCAGCGUUUAAAAUAAUUGACAUUAUACAAAAUACAACCAAAUCAGCAAUGGUUGAGAUACAACUAAAAGAGUGCGAGCCAUGGUAG